AUGGAGAACAUAUCGGUGCUAUCCAACGCACCUCCUAUGUGCAACGAAUCGGACUAUAAUUUAAACUCAAACUGCACCCCUCCCUCUGAUUUAUUCUUCUACGCCGAUCUUUACGUUAUUUUACCGGUUAUUUACUCUGUGAUCUGCGCUGUGGGACUUACCGGAAACACCGCAGUCAUCUACAUGAUCCUCAAAGCUCCCAAGAUGAAAACUGUCACCAACAUGUUCAUUUUAAACCUCGCUAUCGCGGACGAUUUAUUCACUCUAGUUUUGCCAAUCAACAUCGCAGAACAUUUGCUCCACUACUGGCCGUUCGGGGAGGUUCUCUGCAAAAUCAUACUCAGCAUCGACCACUACAACAUCUUCUCCAGCAUCUAUUUCCUCACCGUCAUGAGCAUAGAUCGUUAUUUAGUUGUCCUGUCCACAGUAAGGUCCAAACGGAUGCCUUACCGUACUUACAGAGCGGCCAAAAUCAUCUCUCUGUGCGUUUGGGUCCUUGUGAUCCUGAUCGUGAUGCCUUUCACCGUGUUUGCCAGCGUGUACAUCAAUCCAGUCGACGAGAGGAAAAGUUGCGUGCUUAGUUUCCCCAGUCCCGAAACGCUGUGGUUCAAAUCCAGCCGAAUUUACACGCUAAUUCUCGGAUUUGCCAUUCCCGUUUCGACGAUCUGCAUCCUGUAUACGAUGAUGUUGUACAAGCUGAGGAACAUGAGGCUAAACAGCAACGCUAAAGCACUAGAUAAGGCCAAGAAGAAAGUUACCAUCAUGGUUUUCAUCGUCUUGGCGGUGUGCCUGUUUUGCUGGACGCCGUUUCACCUCAGCACCAUCGUAGCGUUAACCACGGAUCUGCCGACAACGCCGCUGCUAAUCGGGAUCUCCUACUUCAUCACCAGCUUAAGUUACGCUAACUCCUGCCUGAAUCCGUUUCUGUAUGCGUUUCUGGACGACAGUUUCAGGAAGGCGUUUAAGAAGAUGCUAGAGUGCAGGCCUUGA